AUGACAAGUGUUACAAACUCUUCAGAAUCUUACUUACCAUCAAAAAUAAGAAGUUCUAAAGUAGAUGACAGCUACUUGAAAGAAUUGAACGAGGACUUAAAGCUCAGGGAGCAGGAACUGCUAGAAAUGUUAAAACCUCUAGAAGAUAAGAACAACCUCUUAUUCCAGAAGUUAAUGUCUAACUUGGAGGAAAAACAGAGAAGUCUGCAGAUUAUGACGCACAUCAUGGCAGGGAAGGGGAGUGAUGAAUCCUCAGUCAUGGAGCUCAUUAAGGAAGCAGAGGAGAUGAAACAGAACCUGGAAAGGAAAAACAAGAUGCUUUGGAAGGAAAUGGAGAUGCUAUGGAACAAGACAUUAGAGACAGAAGAACUGGGUGACCAACAAAAAGCCCCACAGAUAAAAAACAAGGCAGACUUGCAGGACGGAAAGGCCCCAAGUUCCCCCUCAUCACCUAGGAAGACCAAAAGUGAACUGGAGACAUUAUUUCCAGAGAAAGUGAAGGAGAUAAGGAAGGAAGAAAAGCAACAGAGGAAAAUGGAAUGGGUCAAGUAUCAGGAACAAGCCAACAUCCCUCAGAAUGGCUUUCAUGGCAAAGUGAUUGAGCUGAGAAUUGAAGCCUUGAAGAACUACCAGAAGGCCAAUGACCUGAAAUUAUCACUGUACUUACAGCAGAAUUUUGAGCCAAGACAAGCCUUUUUAAACCUGUCUGGGUCCCAAGCUCUCAUUUUCACUGCAACCAUAGGCAAAGCAACUACCAGCAGAAAUGAACCAAAUGUGGGAAUUCUGGGAUCAAAGAUCUACAUAGAACAGCAAGGAGCUAAAAGAAGUCAGUUGAUGAUGUAG